AUGGCGGUGCAGGUGACGGUUCUGCCUUCCCCCAGGUGUCUGUUCGAUGACCCCGUGCAGAUCUGCGUGGCGGGUCUCCUGCCACAGCAGGCGGUCACCCUCCGAGCCAGCCUGGUGGACGAGAGUGGGGAGCUUUUCCAAGCCCACGCUCGCUACAGAGCUGGGAGCAGCGGCGAGCUUGACCUCAGCCGCUCCCCAGCGCUGGGGGGCAGCUAUUCGGGAGUGGAGCCCAUGGGGCUGCUGUGGUCUCUGCAGUCUAAAGCGCCCUAUAAGCGGCUGGCAAAGAGGAACGUCCUGACCCCUUUCUGUGUGGACUUGGAAGUGUAUGAGGGCCAUGGGGACAUGAGCUGCUUGCUGGGAAAAUGCACCAAUGAACGAUGGUUUUCAGGAGAGGGGGUGAAGAGGAUUUCAGUCAGAGAAGGUCGUCUGAAAGCAACCCUCUUCCUCCCUCCUGGACCUGGUCCAUUCCCUGGACUUAUUGAUUUGUAUGGAUCGGGAGGAGGCCUUGUUGAAUACAGAGCAAGUCUCCUGGCUAGCAGAGGCUUCGUGACUCUGGCUCUUGCUUACAUGGCCUUUGAAGAUCUCCCUGCUAUGCCAGAGAUUCUUGAACUGGGCUAUUUUGAGGAAGCUGUGAACUUUUUGCGGAAGCAGCAACAGGUGAAAGAUACUGGGAUUGGCGUUUUGGGCUUGUCUAAAGGAGCUGAUCUAGCCCUUUCCAUGGCCACGUUUCUACCUGGCAUCAAGGCAGCUGUCAGCAUAUCUGGAAGUGGUUUUAAUUCUUUCAUUCCCCUGCAGGGGGAUGGCUUCACUGUUCCUCCCCACCCAUAUGAUUUGGGGAGGAUGAAGACCAGUGAUGAGUCUGGCCUAGUAGAUUUUUCAGAUGUCCUAGAUGAUCACAGGGACCCAGCAACUUGGGACUGUCGCAUUCCCAUGGAGAGGUCCUUAGCCAAGUUCCUCUUCCUGUCUGGACUGGAUGACAGGAACUGGAAGAGUGACCUCUAUUGCCGGGAUGCCGUUCAGCGCCUUCAGCAGUAUGGACGGGAAGUGGAGUUUUGCUCCUAUUCUGGAGCAGGGCACCUCUUGGAGCCGCCAUACUUGCCUCUGUGCCAGACUUCGAUCCACAAAGUGCUUGGGGUGUUUGUGCAUUGGGGAGGGCAAUGGAGGGAGCAUGCCAAAGCCCAAGAAGAUGCAUGGCACAGGAUACAGGCCUUUUUCUGGCAACACUUGAUGGACUCGGACAUCCCUAAGAGCAAGCUGUAGUGGAAGCUGU